AUGAGUAUAAAACAGGUUCACCCAAUGAAUGAAGGAGAAGAGUAGAAUGAAUUCAAAAAAGGACUACAGUAAUUAAUAAGUUAUAAUAGUAUUCAGCUCUGUUCAAACAUUCAAUGAUCUUAGAAGAAGAAGAGUAUAGGUUAGAGAGGCAACUUUAAUUUUAUCUCCUAAAAUGUAAAAAGUUCAUUUCAUAUAAUAGUCAAUAAUAUCAGCAAAUGUUAUAACCAAAAAUAAGUUAGUUUACCAGUUAAGAUUAAAUUAUGGAGGAAGAAGAUGUUUUAGUUUUAGAUAGCUAUAAAAUUAAAUUUAAUAGAGCCAUUAAAAGAUUACUUAUCAUUCUAAACUUUGCUAGAGCUACUAAAUACUUUUCAAAAUAGAAAUAGAAAAACAAUAUUACUUAGAGUUUAAUUUAAAAAUAAGGCAUUCCUUUUCUUCCUCACCUCAAGUUCAUUCGUUUAUGGAGAGAAAUGAUGAACUUUAACACAGUUAUUGCUACUAUUGUUUAUCCUAUAUAUAUCACAUAUUCAGAAUUUGAUUCUUAUGUAUAAUAAUCAUUUAUAUUAGGAUUUUAUAACCAUAGUUACAUUUAUAAUUGAUUUUUUUUUCUUUUUUGAUGUGAUAUUAGAAUAGAUGAUUUGUUAAGUAGAUAACAAUAAUAUUCUUUUGAAAACAUUUCCAUCUAUUUUUAUACAUAACUUAACUGGAUGGUUAAUUUUUGAUAUUCUAACUAUCAUACCUUAUAAAGUAUUUGUAAUCAAGAUUGAAGAUUCUUUCUAAUUGAGAGACUAUUUUAAUUUAUUAAAAUUAAUAAGAUUAUUUAAAUAUUUCAUAAAAACAGAUAGAAAAAUACUUUAUCAUUCAGCAGAUCCUAAAAAGAUUGAAAUAACAAUAUAAGAUUAGUUAUCUUUCUUUGAUUAUUUUUAAUUAAUUGAUGCUAAAGUGUUAAGUGUAUUAAGAAUAUUCAAAAAUAUGUUAAUACUAAUAAGUGCAUUUGGUUGUUUAUGGCAUUAGGUCAAAUAUUAUGAAGGAAUAUCUAUAGAUGAAGAUAAUGAUAAUUGGACUUCAUAUAUUGAUGGAUUAUUCUGGGCUAUUUAAACAGUUACUGUGGUUGGAUAUGGUAAUGUUUCUAUUUCUACUUCUAUGUAAUAUAAUCUAGUAAUAAUUUGGCUUUUAAUUGGAGUGGGAUUCUAUUCUUUCACUAUUGGCAAUCUAACUCAAAUAUUAGAAUAAUAAACAUCAGCUGAAAUUUAAAAAGAGAAUUUAGAAGAUCUAGAAAAUCUGAUGGAUUCUAUCAUCAUUCCAGAAUGGUUAUCAAAUUAAGUCUCUAACUUUUUAACUUACAAUCUAGAAAACAAUUCUUUUUGGAAUUAUAGAAAGUAUAUUUAAACUGUAAUAAUUAGAGAAUAAUAGACUCUUUGCCAGGAUAACUUAAAAAAUAUACAAUUUGUUUUUCCUAAUAACAAUUAGUUGUUAAUACUAAUCUAUUUAAAUUAGAUAUUAAUAUUGCUUCUAAAUUAUUACCAUAUAUGACUAUCUUCUUCUAUUAGAAAUAUGAAACUAUUUAUUAUGUUGGAUCUCCUAGUAUGGAUAUCUUCUUUCUAAUUACAGGAGAAGUAUUAUUCUUUUCAUAAUUAUUUUAGGUGAGAUUAUGUGAUGAUUAAGGCAGAAGUCUCUUAAAUAUUAUGGAGGGUAGUAUCUUUGGUGAAAUGGAAAUAUUAGAUUAAGUUAAUAGAAAAUAAAGUGCUAUUGCUUCUAAAAAUUCUAUUGUAAUCAUUUUUCCAGUCCAAAUAUUUCUUAAUAUCAUUUAGAUUGAUGAGAAUUUAUCUUUUGAAAUUGAAUAAUUGGGUUUGAGAAGAAAAAUUCUUAUCAAAGAAAGCCAUCUCAGAAUGAAAUGUAAUUAUUUUACUUUAUUUACAUAGAAAAUCAAAAGGUAAGAAGAGUAAGUUGUAUAAACUACAAAGAAUAACGUAAACCAACAGAUAUAAGUAAAAAUAUUAUGGAAAAAGAAUUUAAAUCUUAAAUUUCAAAAGAAUCUUUUUAAUUUGUUUAAACAAGAAUAUUAAAAUAUGUUUUUGGAAGAAAUUAAGAAAGAAAAUGGAGAUUAUUUCAUAAAUUCAGAGAUGCUGUUUAAAAAGUGAUGAAAUUUAAUAAAUAAAAAAGAGAACUUAAUAAAAGAAGAAGAGAGAGCUUUUUAGGAUUGAAAAUGAUUAAUAAUUUCAAAGGUACUACUGAAAAUGAAUAAUUGAUGAUUAAAUAAAUAUUUAAAUUGUAAAAAUAAAAAAGAUAACUAAUGAAAACCUUAAAAUAAAUAAUUAACCAUGUAAAAUCAGGUAUAUAAGCACCAUUAAUUAUUACUCCUUCACCUUAUUUUUAUUGUUUAUUAUAGGAAUAGAAAUAAUUUAUGUUAGAGAAGAAGGAACUCGAAAAUUAAAACAAACUCUAAAAACAAUAAAAACUAAAAAAAAUUAAUCCUUAUUACUAACUCAGACACUUAAAUGAUUUUUGGAGUAAAUUCUAAAAUGAAUUGAUUUCCUAUAAAAAUGUAAGAACAGAACUCAGAUACUAAUAAAUGGAAGUAGAUGGAGUUUAUUUUGAAAUUUAAGGUUUGAUAAAAUCUAUUAUGUGA